AUGGAAAACAAUCCACAGCCAACAUUACCCAGCAAGCAACAGAUUAGCCGGUCUUUGCAGGGCUCUAGUCCCGGACCAGACUCUGUGAGCACUUUUGGGCAGAAUGUUGCAGACCCCAACGCGAAGGGUAAUACCAUUGAACCAAAGCUAGCGCCCGCUGAGACAUACGGCAUCCUAGUUCUCUACGUCCCCAGCAAUUUCGAUGUUGCCAAUCAAGAAGGAGCCAUCAACGGUAUCAUCAAUAUUGAUAAAGGCUUCAUAGCCGGUCUUGAGAUCAAAUCAAUCGAGUGGCUGAUACCAGAAUGGACGAAGACAAAGCAGCAAGACGAGCUUGGCAGUAUACGUCUUGCAAGGGCUAAUCGCCCAGAAUACCAUCCCAAGCCUAGUUGUAACCUUGGAGAGCUUUCGAAACACACGGACGAUGUCCUAAGCCGCGAUUUCGCUGGCACUCGUCGGUCCUCGGUUGAAUACCUUAUUGAGGAAAUCGCAUGCAAAUUGAGAGGCAGAGGAGGUCGAGGCCAGGGCCUUCCUCCAGAUUUUCGUGAGAGCCCAGAAUCUAUUGAGCAGGAGUCCGUGCCGUUUCCGGGGAAACCGACCGGAAACAGUCGGGGUAGGAAUGGCAAAGCGCCUUUCGGUUCCGACCGGUACGGCGUUCAGGUUGCUGCUUGGGCUGGUUGUCUGAAGAUCAAGCAAGAGGUCCAAUCAGAUUGGGGAGGAGAUGGAUCUAUGCAAGGUCAGAACUUUGGCUGGGGCCAGGGUGGUGUGAUUACGAUGCAUCCAGAGUAA